AUGCAAACAAGUCUGUGCCUUCCGGGAUUUGGGGCAGGGACUACAGAGUUCCCAGCGCAGUGAGAGCAGCCAAGGGAGGAGGCGGGGUUCUGGCGAGAUCAGCCUUCCCCAUUCCCCCACCCUUCUCUUCCAACCUCUGCUCGGCCCCUAGCUCAAUUCCAGCCGUUGCUGCAGCUGCUCUCAAGCCAUUUGCAGGACCCAAACAACCUCAACCACUGUUCCCAGGAUGGUGAUCCGUGUGUAUAUUGCAUCUUCCUCAGGCUCUACGGCGAUUAAGAAGAAACAGCAAGAUGUGCUUGGUUUUUUAGAAGCUAACAAAAUAGGAUUUGAAGAAAAAGAUAUUGCUGCCAAUGAAGAAAAUCGGAAGUGGAUGAGAGAAAAUGUACCUGAAAACAGUCGACCAGCUACAGGGUACCCCCUACCACCUCAAAUUUUCAAUGAAAGCCAGUACCGUGGGGACUAUGAUGCCUUCUUUGAAGCCAGAGAAAAUAAUGCAGUGUAUGCCUUUUUAGGCUUGACAGCCCCACCAGGUUCAAAGGAAGCAGAAGCACAGGCAAAGCAGCAAGCAUAAACCUUAAACAUUCUGCCCUACACAUCCUGGAAAAGGAAUCUCCAUUAUUUUUAUAAAAGAGCAGAAUUAUCUUGGCUUCAAAAGAAAUAGGCUGUCUUGAAAUAAUAGAUUCGUUGGUGUUUUUGCAUGCAAACAAUCAAACUGAAUACAUAAUUAAAUGUGAAUGUCGUGAUGAGGAGAAUGUGAAUGAACAUAAAAUUUUAAGUAGAUGUUAUGGAAUAGUUUUGUUAUCUGCCAAGACAUUUUAUGUACUUCAAUGAUUUUAAAAAGCAAACACUUCUGUACUUUGUUGGUAUUAUUAUUGCAGCUUAAGUAUAUCUGUAGCUCUACAUUGAGGAAUUUAAAAAGGAGAGAAAGAAUCUGUCUUUUGUUCCCAAAUUGCCUCACUAAUUUUAGUGUGUCUUUUCUAGUGAUGUUAUUGUGACUAAAAAGUAGUUGCAGGUAAUUUUGAUGAUAUGGAAGACAUUGUAAUUUCCAAUGGUAAUUAUAACAUUCCCAUUAUUUUGUAGUUGAAACCUAUAUGUACUGGAGUACAGGUUUUCCAGGCUUCUAAAUGUAGCCUUUCAUUGCAUAUUUCAGUGAUUAGAAUAGAUGACCUCCCACAAAAUAAUGCAUUUGUUUGACAGAUUUUUUGCUUAACUACACAGCAAAAUGAUGUAAUCAUGUUUUGAAGUUGCUUGCUCCAGUGAAAUAUGCAUACGUAUGUUAUGAAAGUGGGAUGAUAAGUACAUUUAAAGUGGCAUUCUUUUGUAAAGAGCUCAGACUUUUAAUUAACUGUUAUAAAAUAGGUCAACAUUAAUUGCUUAAGUCUGUUUGGGGGGGUCUUUGCUAGCAGUAUCUUAGUGGUUUCCUCCUUUUAAAAUAAAUUGUGAUAGCAAAUGCUACUAUCUCUCAGAUAUUUGAUCUUUGUAUUUCAUCAUGGCCACAUAGUGUAUGAAUACAUUAAAUCUAAGUACAGGAAAUAUUUUCUAUGCCUCUAUUCCAGUGAAUAGUAUAAGUGUCAGAUAAAAAGGUCAAUUUUAAAAUGUUAAUUCUAAAGACUUCUAAGAUGACAAGAAACAUCAUGGCCUGAGUCACCGACCCACAAGGAAUAUACAUUGUACUUUAGUUCCACACUACUGUAUUAAUAAAACACUUUUUAAAAUUACUUUUUCAUUGUCAUUUGAAGUGUUUAAGUCUGUGCUCUUUGCAAAAAUCAACAUAUAAUGAAAACAUGGCUUUGUUUACAGAGAUUCAAACUUGAUGUGAUGCUUUAAAAUAAACUCAGUACUGUUGGAAAUACAAUUGAUGAGUUCCUGGAGUUCUAGAUAGUUUAAUAAUGAAUUUAGGUGAGUAGUGCAAAUUUUUGAGAUAUAAUAACAAAGAAAACAUUUUGGAUGCAGUUUCUAAAUUUCAUUUUUAGGGUCCUAAAUUUUGCAAUACACACUAGAGUCAAACAAAAAAAUAUUCCAUUGUUUUGUGUAUAAAAAUAUGCUCUGGAGAACAUUAGAGAAAACAGGGUGUUUUGUAAUAGAUUCUGGAAAAUGUUUUUAAAAAUUGGUCAAUAUUUUUUCCUGAGCUUUAUUAAAUGCUGAUGAUGCUACUUUUAA